GGUUCCUCUUUCCCUUGUCACGCGUAACAUACCACUCCAAAAUCAAAACCACCUCUCCCUGACUCUCUGCAUUUUAGUACAGAGAUGGCAGACGAAAACGGAGUGCCGAUUUGGAUGCGCAACCGGUCCAAUCCCUUGGCAACUACAACCGUGGUGGACUACAACAUCCGCAACAAUACCUACAACCUAUACGACGUCACUUUCGAAGCCCACAACAUCCACACCCUUGUCACCCAUCACCCCUCCCAAGUCGAUAGGUGGCUCUCCAACAACGCCGGCCGUCGCCAGGGCCUCAUGGUGGGCCUGGACGUUGAGUGGCGGCCCAACACUCAACCCAACACGCAAAACCCCGUAGCCACUCUCCAACUCUGCGUGGGUCACGCCUGCCUCGUCUUCCAGAUUAUUCACUCUCCUUUCUUUUCUCACUCUCUCGAUUCCUUCCUCCAAGAUCCUAACGUUACUUUCUUCGGCGUUGGGAUACGCGCUGAUGCCGAGAAGCUUCUUCGAGAUUAUGGCCUCUACGUCGCGAACGUGUAUGACCUUCGUUCUCUGGCUGAGGCUAAGCUUCGGGGUUACCCUCAUCUGAGGCAGGCUGGGCUGAAGACACUGUGCCUCCAUGUUCUCGGAGUGGACGUUGAGAAGCCGCAGAGUAUCACCAGGAGUUUCUGGGAUAAUACCCGGCUUACCGCGGAACAGGUUCAGUAUGCUUCCAUUGAUGCCUUCCUCUCCUAUGAGAUUGGACGCCGGUUGAUUGAACGCGAUAUUUGGUAGUUCUCUUCCCCUAUAGUUUCUCGCUGCUGUCUUUGCUAGGUGAGUAGUAGCUUAUGCUGUUUCUAUCAUUUCUUGCUAGCUAAUUAGCCUCUGCAGUUUCUGUCAUUUCUCUCUGCAGUUUCUGUCAUUUCUCUCUCUUGUUUCUGCCAUUUCUCAUUGUUACUUUUGCGUGUUAUGUUUGCAUUCCGAAAGUCUGUUUCUAUGUUUCUGAAUUGAGGACCUUCAAUUACCGAUGUCUGUGAUUCUGCU